GCAUCUGUAUUUCUUCUCUCCUCUACAUAAAAGUUCUUUAAGCAUGGAUUAUGUGCUCUAACUCUUGCUCUUAAAAAGGAUUCCGCAAACAAGGUACAAAAUGAAGACCCUAACACUGGUAUUUCUGAGUUUCCUGGGAUUGUCUUCCAUCCAGAUUAUGCAGGUAUCUACUGCUGUAGUACUGUCAUAUGUUACACAUUAUGCUGAACUCAUAAUGGAAUCCAGUGCAGUGCCAAAUAUCACUGAUGAACUGACAUCUGUUCGCUCAAGAAACGUGUCAGUGGAUAUUGAAUAUGUGAACAUCACAACAGAAUGCCGAAUUGACAACGAUGAAAGAAACUGCACCUGUAAAGAGAACUUCACGUGGAGUAAUGAUGUGUGCAGUUCUCAUCCUGACUGCUGCACUGUGGAAUAUUGCAUUGUGCAAACCUUAAUCUUGACAUCUAUGUGUAUACCCAACUCAAGAGUUACUGUCACUGGAUCCAUUACAUUGACAGAAGAAUUUGUGCCUGACCUGGCAAACAGCAGCAGUAAAAUAUUUAAAGACAAAUCUGUGAAGCUCACCAACAUUCUAAAAACAAACUUGAGCAAAUUAAAUGGGUUUGACUCGGUGAUAAUCACUAGCUUCAGGAGUGGAAGUCUUAUUGCAGAUUUCAAACUGACUGUGAAUUCUCAUUUUACAUCAAGAACACUUGCUGAGAAGAUAAAUGCUUUAAAGACACGUUUGAAUGCUAAUAUCUCUGUAGAAACAAAAGGACUUGUGAUAAUGGAAAUGCCAAAUAUGCCAGUGUGCUUUGAUUCUGAAACAAAGAUAAGCUGCGAAUUUCCGGAAUUAGUAAAUGCCACCUGGACCCUGAGGCAAGAAAAAACUAUUAUUGACAUUGUAAAUGGAACCGAAGCAACUAUUGUAGCAGAGGGUUACAAAAGCUACCUCACCCUAAAGAAGGCCUCGGCUGUGUGGAAAGGAUUCUAUGAGUGCAUCUUUCUGGUGGACAGUAUUGUGAAUAAAGCCAGUGGCCAACUGGAUGUAGCACUCUUACCAGAGACGGUUAAUAUUAUUCGUGAGCCACAAUUCCCAGACUGCUAUAAUAAUAAGGACAAAAUCUUGGAUAGCAAGCUCAGAUACGAAAUAACAAACGACGAUGAAAAGUACAAGGUACAUCACGCUGGGAAUAAAAUUACAGCAAAGUACCAAGGCCCUGCAAGUCCUAAAUUCAUCAUUUAUGAAGUGGAAACAAAGAUUAAUUGUGAAACUAACAUUGAUAACGACCAUGAUGUUGAAAUAAGUUUUAGAAACAGAUUGAAUCAAACGUUAAACAUCUCCACCACAAUCCCUGUGAUCAAGAGGCUACCAUACUGUAAAGUAGACAAUGAAUGGCCCAAAGCAAAAAACGCAUGUAAGGCAACACUCCCAUGCAGUGAUGGUAAUGCUGGUUACAGAGAAAGGAAAUGUGAUUCGGAUGGAGUAUGGGAAGAUGAAAUAUCUUAUUGUGUUCAACAAGCCCUUAGCUCCCUUCUUCAAGAAGCAUUGAGCAUUGGAAAAGGACGUGGAUCUUUUCAGAAAAAUGCAAUGGGAUUGUUUACACGUAUGAAAGAUACAACCAGCUAUAUUGAUGACAUGAACACAUAUGCUAAUAUUAAUGCAAGUGUGAAUAUCCUAUCUGUUGUAUCUGAUGCUUCAAAUUCAUCCAACAUAUCAAAACCUUUAAAUAUUCAAACAUUUCAAGAUGUAUUACAUUCAGCAAGCAAUCUGCUGAAUGAAUCUCUGAACACGUCUUGGAAAAUAAAGCAUGACAUUAACUCUAGCCUGUCUACCACAUACCUUAAAGCAGUCGAGGGCCUAUCGAAACAGACAGCCAUUUCUGGCAACAACGUUCUAAACUACACAAAUGUACGAUUUUCUUCUUGUUCAUUAAGUCUGUGUGAUGUAAAAGUGUUCGAUGUCUCAGUCUCUAUGAAAGAUACAACAGAAGGAACUCUGAAAACAAUAGGAUUUAAGCAUCUUUCUCGUCUCCUACAAAAUGAAGAGAGUGAGAGACGGCCCAGCAGCAUUGUGGUGUCAGCUACAUUGGAAAGCCAGAAUAGAAAAUCAAGUAGCAUCUCACUAACGUUCACGUUGAACGAAAAAAAGCCUCGUAAUCACAAUGUAUACUGUGUUUACUGGGACCUUUUGGAACAGAAUUGGUCUCAAACUGGCUGUUCCUGGAAGAGUUAUCAGGGAGACCAGGUAGUUUGUGAGUGUAACCAUUUGACUUCAUUCUCAACACUAAUGUCCAAAUAUCCUGUGCAUCUUCCUUUCAUGAAUGAAUUAACCUACAUAGGCCUAGGAGUCUCAAUUUUCUCUCUUGCCAUCUGUCUCAUGAUCGAGCUUAUUGUAUGGAAUUCUGUUGUAAAAUCAAAUAUAGCUCAUUUCCGCCACAUGGCACUUGUCAACAUUUCUCUCUGCCUGCUUUUGGCAGAUUGUUGCUUUCUGGCCUCAGAUUUUGCCAGCCAAAAAUUGUGUCUAAUUUUGGUGUUGCUGAAGCAUUUUUUUUACCUGUCCAUGUUUUUUUGGACGCUGUGCCUGAGCAUAAUGCUUCUUCACAAACUCAUCUUUGUCUUCCACCAAGUUAGAAAGAAAGUUUACCUGGCAUUCUCAAUUAGCCUUGGCUAUGUCUGUCCUGCAAUUGUUGUGUUGUUCUCAUACAUAUACUAUGACAGUGGCAAGCAAGGCUCAUACUACAAUGAAGACUGCUGGUUGAAUUACAAAGGGGUCUUGAAGGGAUCGAUCCACACAUUCGUUUUGCCUGUUGGAGUGAUAAUUUUCAUUAAUCUGUUUUCCUUGGUGGUGGUGAUCUCCAAGCUCCUGCAACCCUCAGUGUCUGAGGGAGACAAGGGUGAUGAAAAGGAUAUGGCUAAAAGCAUUCUGAAAGCAGUGGUCUUUUUUACACCCAUUUUUGGAAUAACAUGGAUUUUAGGAUUCUUAACAAUGAUAGUUGACCUGUCAGAUGGAGUUCCUCCGAAGAUCAUUCAUUACUUGUUUACUCUUCUUAAUUCUUUUCAGGGCAUUUUUAUUCUGCUGACUGGCUGUUUUGGAGAGAAAAAGGUUCGAGAGGCACUGCUAAACCAUUUAAAUGCUGAGUCCAAAUCAGCCAAGAGUGAGACAUCCUCCAAACUUUCCUAUCAAAAGAAAUAAGGUUUCUUCCCCCACAAAGACCGGCUUUUGCAUUCCAUACAUUAUUGAACUUCUAUAUUCCAUUUCAGAAACUUUUGCAACCCAAAUAAGUUUCUGAUGAACAACUAAAUAUACGUGUACAACAUAGGGGUGGGUCAGGAUAACCGAAUAACCGGUUAUUCGUUAUUCGUUCAUGAUGGUAAUUGUCCGUUUUUAAAUUGUAUUUGUUAAAAUGUAUGAUUGAUUGAUUGAUUUUUAUUUUUGUUUGUCAUGCUUCCAUAAGAAGGUACACAUGGACUUGUAAGACAAAAUUGUUUAUCAAGAUAUAGGCUUACACAAUCGGUGAACCCAUUAAAAUAUAUUAAUUGAAAUCAACACCCUUUUUAAAUAAUUUCAAUCGAGUGGAACUAAUUGUCAAAUGUCUCGUCACACUUCUGAUGGUACUGUCUUGCUACUAGCUCAGCUUUGUUAAAAUGUUAAAGCCCCGCAAAAGGAUACAAUAUGAUAACUUUGAAAAGCUAGAUAACACCAAUGUGAAGUGUAGGCUAUGUGGGAUAAAAUUUGUUUAUACAUUAAAUUGCAAUCUUGUUUCCCCCCCGUUUCUAAACCUAAUUUGUCGGGAAACUUGUCUUUUUUCUGUCAUAUUCUCAUGUAUUCGUUCUGUUAAUUGCAGAAUAACAAUAGAAAUGUAUGGAUUAGGCUAAAUAAUUUUGGGGCUUUUUGUUUUCUUUUAGCUUAUUCCGUCAUUUUAUUUUACAUAACUGAAAUGUCGUAUAAUGGCAGGCGUGCCUGCAACAGGUAAAUAUUGUUGUUCUGUUUUGCCACUUGAUUGUUCUGAUAAUUAUUUAUUAUUUAGGGACACCAAAUUCUUGAUAAUUAAGUUAUCAAUACUGGAAUACGUUGAUGAGGCGACCUUUUUCAGCAUAGCGCUUGUUUCUUUGCGUUCAAGUAAUGGUUUACCCACAAGAAAUGACAGUCUUUAUGAAUGUUGGAAAAAAUAGAUUAACCGGUUAUUUUUUCAUACCCCCCACGAAUUAUACAGCCAUGAAUGUGAGUUUCGUAACUUUCGUAAAUAUUAUGUCACAUGUAUAAUCCGUUUAGCAGGCAUCAAACAAUUCAAUUCAAUUCAAUUUCAUUUGUAUUGUGCUUUUUACAACACAAGAUUUACAAAGCAGCUUUACAAAGAGCCCAGGCCUGAUACCCCCUCAGAGCAAGCCUAGAGAAAAAACUCCCCGACUAACAGGAAAAAAGCUUGAGCAGAACCGAGCUCAGAGGGGGAGCCCAUCUGCUUCUGGACGGCACAAAAUAUUUUUAAAAUGUGAAUUCAACUUACUUGGCUAGGCCUGGAACAUGUUAGAUAACUGAAAGCAGUGCAAAUGAUUGGCCAAAGUACAUCUUUCAGAUUUUUUCGUUUUCUUUUUAAUUAAAAAAGAAUAUGCAUUGGAGAUUGCAUCUUUUCAUUAGUGUAUCUUCUAUCUCUAUUGCUGUGUUUGUGUCAUAUGGACAAAUAUGUAUAUUUAUGGUGCAGUCCUUCUGUUCUUUUGGCACUGUACCCCCAUUUUAGUUGACCAAAAGUAAUUUGGCUUCUACAGUUGGCUUCUAAGGUGUUUCUGAUUAGUCAAUCAGUCAAUUAAUAUUCAAUUGCUUCCUUAGUGCAGGUGUAAGUAUUUAGUCUUGAUACUAGGCUUUUGAUUGCAUUAGGCUUUUAUCUAAUUAUUGCACAGGAAAAAGGAUUAAGUUAAUCACGCUUAUUCAAGAUGUUAAAGCAUACACAUUGAGUACAAAUGAAAUAAUUUUUUUACAGUGGGUUUCCUGUCCUGCAGAAAAAGAAAGAAAAACAAACAUAAUGAAGAAGAGAUGAGGGUAGAGCAGGGGUUUUCAAAUGGUGUGCCGUCUGGCAACCGAAUGCGUUUUUAUAUGUGACCUGCUUUAUCAAAAUCAGCCAUAUUGACUCCAAAACAUAUUGUGAGUGUUAGAAAGCAGGGAGUGGAAAAUCAAUGGUACUCUCUAGCAACAGAGUCUGGGCUGUCUGCGCCCUGCCCACCAGUACGCUCCGCACCAAUAGCGGCCACUUUUCAGUUGGCCACAGCAGUUCUAUAGCUACCUUUUCAAAGUGGUCAGAUAAAACAUCCUUCAUUAAAUUUUAAUUUUAAUUUAUAAAAUUAAAACAUCUUCAUUAAAUUUUAAUUUUAAUUUAUUAAAUUAAAACAUCUUCAUUAAAUUUAUGCGUGAACUUCACUGCUGUGCCAUCAAACGAUGACUGGGCUGGCCCAGAAGAUCCUCUCCAAACACCCUCUCAUUCUCCAGCUGUAACUUAUAAAUGCAUUCUGUCCUUCUCUCGCUGCUCCAGUUGCAACUUCUCCAGCUCCUACUAGCACUCUCUCUCUUUCUCCUGCAAUUCCCAUUCCACCCUUUCCUUCACAUUCUGUUCUGCCCAAUGCUCUUCCAGGCCAAUUUGUCACAUCCUGUGUUUGCUGUCUUUGGUGUUUGUUAUUUCUGUUUUUUCUGUUAAUGUUUUUGUCUGCACUUCCGCUCCGUAGCUCCCUCACAUCAUUCAUUGUUUUCACCUGUGUUCUAUUUCCGGAUUAUCUGUUUAGCCCAUUUGUCGUGUGUAUAUACAGGUAUUUCCACGUCUUUUACUUUGCUAGAUUGUAAUGUUACUUUGAAUUACCUUCCAGUGUUGUUUUCAUCAUCUGCUCUGUGUAUCGACCUGUUUCUGUUUAUUGCGGCUAUUGAUUUCUGAACUCCAUUUUUGUACUUCUGCUCCGUUGGAUAACUUCUAGCUUACAAACUUUGCUUGUGACCACGACCAUCCCUUUGCUUACCCUCGUUGCAACUGUCUGCAAUGAGGGUAAGCAAUUGUGAUUGAACUCUGCCUGUCUGGACUACGAAAUAAAACUCCCUUUGGGUUUUUCUGUCCCAGUGCCUGACACAAUUGACUCCUUCAGGAGUCUGGCCAUCUCUCUCUUUCAUAGGGAGGCCGGUACUUCCCCACCAUCUAGCUCCAACAACCCCAAUAACUGGGGCUUUGUCAUGGCUCUAAACUGGGCAUGAUUGCUCCAUUGGCUGCAUUGGCCCUCCUGAAAAUGCUGAGGUAAGAUUAGAUUCAGUUAGUCUUCGUGGACAACCACCACAGAGGCUGUGGGAGUACGACUAUAAAUAACCUCCCCGCUAUCCUCAGUACAACAACCUGAAUUAGCCAGCAUGACAAGGUUAAACAGAUUCCUACACACCAGUCACAAAACAAACCAUGUGUUUCACCAGAAAAUACUAGCUCAAUGGUUCGAUGAAGCACACAGGGACAACUCUCCCAACAGCAUGCUAUAUGCACACGACAAACCCAGUUUUCUUAGGUGCACUUCAAAGAAUGGUCUGCGAAAGGGACUGGCCAGUUGACGUUAGAUUACUUCUAGCAACCCAUGGCUGGCUAUUUCAGCAAUACAAACUUGCAUUCAGAGCAACCACCAUUUCCA